UAGACCAACAGCUCCUGUGUUCAGCAAAGGGAAAUCACUGUUUUCGUCACUAGAGUUUGGCUAUGAAUAGAGCAUAGAUAAGUUUCACUUUCAGGUAGGUCCCUUGUCGCAAAGAGUUCUUCCCAAAGUCUGUUUGGGAACGACUGCCUGUCACGUCGGCCUCCCGGCUGGCCUCCAGCUCCACUCCGCCUGUCACGUCGGCCUCCCAGCAGCCCCCCAGAUCUGCUUCACCUCUCGAGUCAACCUGCUGGUCGCCCUCUGGAUCGGCCUUGGCCAUCUGCUCUGCCUCCUGGCUGCCCUCCAAAUUUGCUCCGCCUGUCUGGUUGACCUCCUGGCCACCCUCCGGAUCUGCUUCACCCUCUGAUCAGCUUCAUGGUCAGCCUUCAGAGGUGUUCUGUCCACCUGGUCGACCUCCUGGCCAACCCCCAGAUCUGCUCCACCUUUCCAGUCAUCCUCCUGCCCGUCUUCCAGAUCUGCUGGCCGCCCUCCCACUCUCCUCCACCUGUCUGCUCAGCCCACUAGUCAGCCUCCAGGCUGAUUCGCCUAUCAUGUCAGCCUCCUGGCUGCCCUUCAGAUUGCUACAGCAUCCUGAUCAUCCUCCUGGUUGGCUCUGCUCAGAUGUCCAGCCCUCAGUCUCUCCACCCGAGGUUCUCUGCUCCGCCCCCGUCCAGCCCUCUGGGCCUUCUGCCAGAGGUCCCUUGCUCCACCCUUGUUCAGUUUCCACACCAACAUUUGAACAAUAAGCCUCUCCAGCACACACACUCUUUGCCAGAUUGUUCUUCAACCUCGUGCAAGACUUUCCAGCACUCCUUACCUGCCUGAUCUCCUGUUAUGGACCCUGCCUCCCUCUGACCUGCCUACGUCGUCUGUUUCCCAGUAAACUCACCAGCCUUCUGUCCCUGACCACGAGUUCUCCCUCAGCGUGUCUGGUUUCUGUCUGCCUGUGGCUGUGUGGUAUCUUCCUGCCACGGCGUUUCAGCGUGAGUGUUCCUUGUUUUUGUCAGUUGCCUGGUGCAGCUCUGUGAGACACCACACACUGCCUUGUGCGUGUGUCCUCCUUUCACCUACACGUCGACCCUUAUACCCAGAGACUGUGUGUGGAAUGAACUAUUACCUGGAUACCUUUAAUGAAGAAUUUGCCCUCCAGUCCAGCUCCCUCCAAUGACAGUAAUACAAAGAUGAUAUUCUCCCAAUCUGAACUGGAGACACUGAUCGAGCAGGAGGUUGACACUGUAUUUAAAAAGAGGGAAAACAAGCUGCAGGGUUUGAUAGGUACUAUUCAACAGCUGGAUCGCAAGGUCGACUAUGAAAGCUCCAUGCAGAAACUGGAGGCUCAAAUUAACACCAUAACCAAGAGAGCAGAAGCAGCUAUUGCCUACAUAACAAAGACACAGAAAAAGGGCCUCCUGCCAUCUCCUGUUGAUAACGAGAUCAUGAGAGAAGACUCUGAGAAUGAAACCACAGAGGCCACGUCACAGACUGACAGAAAGAGCACAGAUUGCAUGGACAAGAGUGGAGAGCUCUUCAGAAUGACAGAAAUCACAAAAAAGGCACUUAAGAAGAUGCAUGAUGAUAAUGAAGUUUUGAAGGCUGCCAUAGCAGAUUUAAGUGAGGAGCUGCCUCAUCCGGUUCUUACCCCUGACGGCUCUCCUGACUGUGAGGGGCUCAUCACGUCAAUAAAGAAAGAGCCAGAAAAUGAGCAGGAAACAAAGAACAAUGUUGAGGAGUCCAAGCAGCGUGAGGAACCAAAGGCCGGGAGGGUGAACGUAGAAGGUCUCUCAACUGUCCAUAAUAACCUGGUAACAGCCCUGUACACAGACUCAGAGCAGGCCAAGUACCUGUACCCUCCUCUUCCCUCCACCACUUUCCCCUCCAUCCUGAGCAUGGAAGCAGCCUCAUACAACAUUCCCCAGAGACCAAAGGUGCUCCUGGCUCUCAUCAGGAACCCUCCUGGCCUGUCUGUAAUGUGGGAUGUGGAGGAGAAAGACCCCUCUGAGCCACCAAUGGAGAGUUACAGCAUCUUCAUGACCAUGGAGAAGCAGAAGGGCACCGGCGUCUUUCGAGAUUGGACCACCCUUGGUGAGGUGCCGGCCAACCCUCUGCCCAUGUGUGUGAUGGUCAGCAGGUACAAGCCCGGACACAAGGUGUGUGUCGCUGUAAUAGGCAAAGACAAGUUUGGCCGAUACGGACCUUACAGUAAAGUUGAAACCAGAGCCAUACCGGACUAGUUGGGAGGAGGACAUGGUGUCAAGGGAGAGAUAACACGUGAGGCUACCUCCACCUGGAUUUGCCCAGUUUUCUCAUGAAGUGCCUUAAGGUUGAUAAUGUGGGGAAUGUCAGGAAGAUUAUUUGGUGUACUUUAAAAUUGAGUGAAACUGCAGCCAAACAUUAACAGGUACUUUAUUUAUGCCCUCCAGCAAUUAGUGCAUUUACAUGGACAUGAAUAACCCACUUAUCAUGGUUAUGAUCGUAUUUGGGAUACAGUGUUUACAUGAGCACAGACGAAUCAGGUUUUUCGUAUCCCUCGCAUACAUAAAAAUCCUAUUCUCUGUCUCAACCACACACACUUUCACUCCACACUGUACUGUUCUUGAAAGGAGUUACACUACUCUUAUAACACUCCUCCAUUUUGACUUGUGCCAGCUGCCACUACCACUGUGUAGGGAAGCAGUGGAUGAAGACACGCAGCCUCCUACCAAAAGACAAAACUCAGUUUCACUUCAUUGCUCCAGAAGUGAGACGUUUUCACCACCACUAUUGUUUGUAUUUCUGUAAAGUCACAUGACUGAAGCUGCUCCUGUGUAGGAAGUCAGCGGUGCUCAAUAACCAGGAUAAGGUGUAUUCAUGGAACAGUAAUCCAGUGUCUUUCAGAGUACUCCAGUUAGGGCUGGGCAGUAUAUUUAUGUUAUCACCAAUAUUGUGAUAUGAGACUUGAUAUUGUCUUAGACCUUGGUUAUCGUUUUCUGAACAUACCAGACUGUUCUAGCUGUUCUAUUAUUUGCCUUUCCCUACUUAGUCGUCAUAUCCAGAUUACUGAUGAUUAUUCAUGUUCAUGUAAACAGACUCAUUGAUUACGGUUCCAAAGGAAGUAGAGUAAAUAGCCAUGUUUGAAGCACUUCUGUCUCUGUUUGGUUAUCUGCUGUUAUAAUGGAGCAGUCGCUUAAGCCUUAAAUAAACAGACAACCAUGAGGUGCAUUUCACUGUGAAAAAGUAGUUCACGCAGUGUUAGGAAUGUAUAACAAAUGAUGAAGUUUUUAAAUAAGGUAAUAAAGAUGACAAUGUUUUAAUGUA